AUGGGCGGAAAGCGAACGAAAAACAACACAAAGCCUUCCAGCUCGGGCCGCAGUGCGGAACUGCUCGGUACGUCCGUACCGACGCUCUUCGGUUUCACGGCUCUCGAUAGCACGACCAUGCCGGUCGUGCCCGGAUUCGUACAGAUCGAUCCAAACCACGGCAUGGACGAGAUUGAUCCCAAUCUCGACGAUACGCUGCAGAUAGUGCUGCGUAAAAUGCUGAAAAAAGACCCGACUACCAAAACGAAAGCGCUCCUCGAGUUUACAGAACUCAUCGGCAGUGCUGAGGUGGAAGUGGUGAAAGCAGUGCUUCCAUUUUGGCCACGAAUCUACGUGAAUCUUGCGACCGAUGCGGAGCACCGGGUGCGCGAAACGGCUCAGCAGGCACAGGCUGCCAUCGUUACGCGGGCCGGAAAGAACAUUGCCCCGUUUCUGAAGCAGUUUGUUCCGGCAUGGAUCUCUUCUCAAUACGAUUCCUAUGCGCCGGCGGCCAGUUCCGCACAGCAGUCAUUCAGUCGGGCCUUUCCACCGGCGAAGGUUAGCGAAGUGUUUGUGUUUUGUGAGAACGAAAUUUUGGAUUAUUUUACGAAAAAUUUAACCAUCCACACGGCCAUCACCUUAAGCAACCCAAAAUCGCACACACCGGAAGAGUGUGAAAAUAAGUAUCAACGUGUGCUCAUAUCCAGCUUGCGCGGUUAUGCGCUUUAUUUGACUAAGAUUCCGGUGGAAAGUUUGAAAAAGUCAGCGGAAAAGAAUGGUGCCAUGCUCGCGCACCCGAAAUUCUGGACGUACCACAAGCACAAAACGCCCGCCGUACGAUCUGCAUGGUUUGAGGCCAUCUCUGCCCUGCUGCAGUACGGUCCGUUUCUGACCGAGAACCAUGAAGCAGCGAUCACGAGCAACGUGUUUCAGUUUAUGGACGAAACGGACCCUACCGUCGUGUCGCACGUAUGGAGUUCGAUUGUGCUGAUCCAGGCCAACAUCUCCGGCUGGCACAAUUAUGUAAACUUCGAGAAAGCCGUGUUUCCCAAGCUUUGGAAGCUGCUCAAAAGUGGAGGUGCAGGGAAUGCGGCCUGCAUUUACCCGCACAUGCUUCCCCUGGUAUCCGGAUGUACACGCGAAGUUCUGGGAGCGGAGCGAUUGGCCAAAUUUUAUUCCCUUUUCUUCGAAAGCAUCAAUGAAGGAUUGAAGGCAGUACAGACCAGCCGUUCAGAUGUGUCUGCCAUCUCUCAAGCGUACUACGAAGUUUUCCAGUACGUCAUUGUGCAUUCAGUUCGCGACGGUGCCAUGACCGAUGCAGAGAUGGGCGAAUUUUGUAUGAACCUCCUUGAACGUCACCUUAUUGGAGUAAUUUCGUGGUGCAUUACAAGUGAAGCGUCCUGUGGAAAGUACGUUUUCCAAAACAUGACCAAUCUGCUCGAUCAUUGGUGUCAACACAGCGCUUCCCACGGGCUUUACAUGGAGCUGCUGGCCACAUUCUGGGAACGCCUAUACGAAGUGAUCAAGGAUAGCGUAAAUUGUAAAGAGAACCCGCCCAGCAUUACUGACUCGCAUCUUGAUCUUGUGCAGAACUUGAGGCGAAACUCGUACAAACGGGUUCAAUUUCCAGUGGAAAUUGCCACCAACGACGCCGUGGAUGGAUCAGGCAAUGCAUCUUCCAACGACCGUGCGAUCUUAUUCGAAAGCAAAAUCGAACAAUUGGUUUACAAAAUAUGCCAAUUGUACAUCGCGAAGAUCACCGUCGAUCGUGAACGAGAAUAUCUGGUUCAAUUGGAGCAGUUCAUGCGGGCAUUCCAGCGUCGCGAGAUGUUUGUGUUUCUGGCCGACGGUAGUGAAAAUCUGAAACCUCUAUUCGACCCGUUUGCUCGCUGGUUGCAAGACCCCAAGCUUCAGUCGGAGUACGUAGUGGAUGUGAUAUUUAUUCUGUAUCAGUACCUCAACGCGGAAGAGCGUUUGCUGGUGCUGAACAAGUGGAUAAAGAUGGCCAAUAAAACCGUUCGGAACUGGAUCAUUACGCGAGCAUUGAGCCACCCUCUGUGCCAGGAUCCCAACAUAAAACGGUUUCUUUCGCAAACCGAGGCAUCCGAGACAAUCGUCGACUGCGCGCGGGAAGUGGCCAACGGUAACACGAAGGACAACAUGAUCCUGCUACAAAAAUGUUUCUUCGUUCAAAAAAGCGGCGAAAUAUUGAUAGAUGCGAAAACCUGUGGGAAGAUUAUUGAAACCAUCACGGCCCCACUACUUAGCACCGAAGCGGAAGAAGUGCACGACGUGUGUAUCAGUUUUCUCGCUCAAACGAUGCCAAUCAUUUGCGGUGAUGAGUCUUUGUCCGAGCUGUAUCGUCCGCUGUUCCGCACACUGUUCGAUUUCACUGUACAUAAUGUGGAAAGCGAUCACCUGUCGGAUGAUACACUUUGGGAGGCGACGACCUCUUGGCAGGGUUCACUGUCCGAGGAGCAUAUUAAGGUGGACGACACACUAAUUCGCGAAUGUGUCGAUGCUCUCGAAGUUCGUUUGCGAUCGUUCUACGCACAAGAUGACAGUAGCACACUGAUUCUGGUAGAGAAGUUAGCGGAAAUUGCGGCCAAAUUUAUGGCAUGCUCAACAGAAUGGUUGAAAAGCGAUGAUUUGAAACGUCGUGAACAGAUCGACUCCAUGUUGGCGAAAUUAUUUGACAACAACGUAACGGAAGAAAAACCUCACACAGAAACCAUGGUUCAGCUGGCGUCUUACAUCGAACUUCUUCACGGUCGCCUGACGACGACACAGCCAAAAUUAGCUUCUACAGCGAUCACGGUGGAACAGUGCUCAAACCCUUCAUUGCGAAAUUUGCUCCUUCGAGCCGUGUAUUCCUUAUCCAUUGUUGACAAACUUUCCCGUAAGGUCAAACAGCUGCCACCGAGAGAUGAGCAAGAGGAGAAAAUGGAAGUAGAUCUUCCAAGUAAUGCUACGGAGGAAAUGGACGACUGUGAGACAUCCAACGAUGACGAUGAGUUAAUGAUCUUAAACGAAUGGUCGGAACUGAUUUACGAAAAGAUACUGUCUGUGAUAUACUUAGCUACCGUCGGCGAUACGAUUUUAUACAAUACUGAACAGCUGGAACCGUUCGUGGAGAGUCUGAUUUUAGCCGUUCAGGAAAAGAUAACUCUCAUGCUGAAGAGCAUACCGCACAAUAUAUUGCAGCAAAUCAAGCUAAAACUAUUAGCCCUGGCCAACGAGCGGGGUAUGCUUUGGGCUAAAUCUCUCACGACGCUGCUGGUGGUUGAUCUGUACGCGGACAAGGAAAAUGGGCCCGUUCUACUCUACGAAGAUGCGUCGACAUUUGUCAACAGUGACGAUCUUAUGUCGUACAUUAACAUUUUACAGUGUCUAUCGGCCAAAAUGCAACCGAAAUGUCUUCCGAUCGGACCGAACCUCUUCGAAAACUAUUUCGACGUACAGGUGAAGCUCGCAUCAGCGCGGUGUUUGAUUGAAAACCAUUUUGCUACCAACUACAAUGAGCUAAAUGACAGGAAAAUCAUCGGAAACUGCUUGAUAGUGCUGCACGAGCUCAUCUCCCGGCAGACAGCACAGAAAAUGUUACUCUACAAUUGUGAUCUGUCCCAAGCGGGCGAAAACAAGCUCUUCCUCGAUGUGGAGGUGGCCCAUCUGCUGGCGGUGGUAUUGCGGUUCUUCCCUUCCGAGCUGGACAUCAACAAAUGGGACUUUAUUCGCAUUGCACUCAGCUCCUGGACGCUUUCGGCGUCGAAAAGUUUCGCCAAUUUCCAUAACCAUAAUAUUUCAAUCUUCAUAGCUGCCGUGUUUCAACUGUUCAACGGUUUGAUGCAAUUCUUCAACGCAGAACGUUUACGCAGUUCUUCGGAAAUGCUUACAAACGUGGUCGAGGAAUGGGAUAAUGUGUUCGCGAAAGACGUAAACUUGGUGUUACUAAAAACGUUCAUUGGAAUUGUCAGUCAAUUAGAUCGCAACAGAAGCGCAGAUCAAUACUUCAUCGAAGCGAUCAGCUCGCAUAUCGAGUCCUUAGAUUUUUCGUACGUAUUGAAGGCCAAUAAGGUAGACUCGAAAACAUCCCUGGACGAUCUCAUGACAUUCACGCUCACCAAUGUGCAACACUGGAACUGUCGGGUUCGAUACGCCGCCGGUUUCAUUUUGAAAUCCUUAUCGUUGGGGCUGAUUCAGCGCGAUCUGGAUCAGCUGCUAAAGCGUACGGAAUCGUCCGAACAACCGCAGCAAACCGGCGCAGAACUGGAAGAGAACUGGCACUUGUUGCAACGCUUCAAGUUGGAGCUAGAUCAGUACGAAGAUCUCCUGCGGGAGUUUGUAUCCGAUUUCAACUACAAAUCGUCGGACACAGACAGCAUAUUGAACCAACCAACGAGCAGUAGCCAAGCACAGAACACGAAGUCACGAUGUUUGCCGUUUCUUUUGCUGUGGGAUUGCAUUCUAGACAUCUGUGCGAAGGCUCCGUCGGAGCUAAGAUCUAUCUACGCUGCAUGGAUAUCGCACCAUCAAUUUGAACACCUCCUGUUACCUACGCUGUUUAAGCUGAUGCCACAGGAAAUUUUGCGCAAUCCCGACACUUGCGCCGUCUAUGGACAAGCAAUGUUUUCCAGCUUGCAGUGGAGCCAAAUCAAAAUGCCUAGCACCAAACUUGAACGUUACGCCUGCCAUCUGUACACACAAACGCUGCGUCACCUUCCGGUGAUCGUGCGCCGAUGGUUCAAUGGCCUAAACCACCGGCAUGCGACGAUCGUCAGCAAAAUUACCUCCAACUGCGUAUCGGGACUGCUGUGCCAGGAGGAAUUUCAGGCCCUUGUAGAACGCAAAGACCGACAGGACAAUAUGCAGAUCAAGGCACAUUCGGCUCUUCGCCAGGUGACGGCCGUCUACGCGAUCGAUGAGGCAAAACUGGAGCUACAAAUAACGCUGCCGAGCAACUUCCCGCUGGGUGCAGUCACCGUGGAAGGCGGCAAACAAAUCGGGGGCCGGCUGCAGUCCCGACAGGUCGUCAUGCAGCUGUCCAUUUUUCUCACGCAUCAGAAUGGAUCCAUCUGGGAUGGGUUGUCGCUCUGGAAACGCAAUCUGGAUCGGAAGUUUGAAGGCGUCGAGGAGUGCUACGUGUGCUACAGCGUGAUUCACCAGGACACGUGCCAGUUGCCGAAGCUGUCGUGCAAGACGUGCAAGAAAAAGUUCCACGGCCCGUGCCUGUACCGUUGGUUCAACACAAGCAACAAAUCAACCUGCCCUAUCUGUAGGAACAUCUUCUAGGAUGCGUUCAGGUUCACAGAACAACGAGUGAGCCACGGAUCGUGUUUUUUAGCUUUAGCGUACUCAUUCAUAGUAAUAGAAGAAAGAACAUUUUCAAACUGUGUUCGAUAGGCUACGUUACCGUUUACUGCAAUUUCGUUUCAUUUAGAUGGUGUUACAGACAAGUAGGACCUUAGGACACGGCGUAA